AUGGAGGACUCGUCCACCAUGGAAACUGAAUCUCACCAUGCGCCGGAAGGCGAAUUCCCACAUUCGCCCUGGGUCGAGCUGGGCGCCUUCACCUCACCGCAACAUUCGCCGCCUAUGCCCGAAUAUAGCGGAUUCGACUACCAUCCGUCACUGAUGGCGGUAGAUGGUUCUUACAACAUGUCGAUCCCCCCGCCAUACGCCUCGAUGCCACUACCCAUGCCCUCGCAUUCGUGGCCUAGCAUGCUUACCACCCAAUCCCCAUUUCACGAAAAUGGCAUGCCACCUGCACCCGUCCCGACUUCCGUUUCUCCCUCUGCCCCGAUGCCGGUCCGAAAGUCAUCUACCGGUGGCUCUACCCCGCGGAGGACGCUUACCGAUGAAGACCGUCGUAACAUGUGUUUAUACCACGAAGAGAACAAGACUGCCAAGCAGACUGAUAUUGGAGCGCUAUUUGGAGUCGAACGAAGUACGGUUUCCAAGGUCCUGCGCCAGAAAGAAAAGUACCUUAACCCUGACGAUGGAAGUCGAUCGCCCAUCAAGCGCGCAAAGGGUAGGGUGCCGGAUAUCGAAAAAGCCCUAGUCAACUGGGCGCGGAACUACCAGCGCCUUGGACAAGCCUUAAACGACGAGAUGAUCAGAGAGAAAGCCCUCUUCUUUGCCAGCACCUGUGGCUGCCCUGAAGGCAAAGAAAAGGUGUUGACAUCGAGCUGGCUCGAGAAAUUCAAGCAGAAGAACGGUCUACUCGGCGCAAAGGCCCGGAAGGGCUCCAUCGGCAUCAGGAGCGAGUCAAAUAGCCCAACGCGCAUCAACACGGACUGUGCUUCAUCAGCUAGCCACUCGCCUUGUUCCCCUCCCAAUGGACUGGCCUCGCCUCUAUCUCCCAGUCAAAGCCACAUUAUCAAGAAGGAGGCAGACGCAGUUCCCGAACUGACAGGAGGCUACCAACACGGACAUUCCAAAAGCACCACCUCGUUGGACACCUCAUCGACGGCAAUGACCAGUCCGACAUCAACGAUGGUCUCUGAUAGCCCUUUCACUCCGACCAGUCAAGCACGCCUGCCCUCUGGACAUAAUAUGAGCCGACCACGCAGCCAGACGUUCACCCUCGGAAUCCCUGUCGACCCAAAUCUGCUUACUGCAGACGAGUCAAUGGACUCGCAUUGCACCAAGACCGAGGGCGAUUCCCACCUUGGAGUCACCAUCUUACAGUCACCGCUAGAACUGGACGACCACCAAUCUCGCACCAUCAAAGGCGCUCACCCUCCGACCGUCAUCAAACGCAAUCGCAGCAACCCAGAGAUCAAAACUACCUCCAUGCAGCCACCUCCGUCGGUCUCCAAGUCCACCACCACCUCGCCCAUCAGCGCGGGAGGUGCUCCGAAUUCUCCAACUCAGGAUGAGGCCCGAAGUGCUCUCGAACUCGUGAUGAACUACUUCCAGCACCAACCAGCCGGUCUCGCAGCUCAGGAGUUCAUGACCAUCGGCAAACUCAUGGAACGUCUCGAGUUGGCCAAGAGCCACCAGAGCACGCUGCUGGGAGGCCUAACUCGGAUCGACGAGCACGACGAUGUUCCACGCGUAAGCAAGAAAAGGAGCAUCCACAACCUGGGCUGA